AUGGAGGCUCUAGGUGUAAGAAAAGAGACCUACUCAAGUUUUGUUGUUCCUGUUCUAAUGGGGAAACUUCCAGAGUCCGUGAGAAUCAAUAUGAUUCGAUUUGGAAAGAACCAUAUGGACUGGAACUUGGACGACAUGUUGGAAGCUUUUCAGAAGGAGCUAGAAGUUCUGGAGGGACAUUUUCCCAUCAUGCAGCGAGCCCAGCAAGGAGACAGAAGACAAGAGCAGCAUUCCAACAAGCCAAGACAGCAGGAUAGACCUCCAACGGCCUCUUCCUUGCUUACUACAAGAGAUGCUAAGAUGAAGUGUGCAUUCUGCAAAGAAAAUCACGCAUCCGAGAAGUGUGAAAAGGUGAAGGAUCCGGACGAGCGUAAGAUAAUUUUAAUUAAGAAUGCUAGGUGUUUUAGUUGCUUAAAACCAGGCCAUAGACCUUUUAAAUGUCGUCUUGAGGUAGAUUGUAGGAAUUGUAAGGGAAAUCAUCACUGCGCCAUUUGUCCUAAUCUUGCCCGAAGUAAGGAAGCGCAGCCUAAGCCUAAUGCACCUCAGCUUGACCCCACCGCAUCGGCUUGGGUAGGUAGCACUGGCUCUGAAGUGAAUGUGGCCCUGCAGACAGCCUUAGCUCUGGUGAAUGGCAAGGAUAGAGUGAGAGUUUUAUUUGAUACAGGAAGCCAUAAAUCUUUCAACACAGCUAAGGCUGUUGGCAGACUCAGAUUAAGGCCUGUGAGGAGUGAACAGCUAGGAAUAAAGGCGUUUGGGAGUAAGGAGGCACAUGUUGCUUUGCGAGAUGUAGUGCAAAUUUCGCUAAGUCUAUGCAAUGGAGGAGAGAGUGUAAUAAUAGAAGCUUUUGUAGUUAAGGAUAUCGCUGAUAUUCCUAAUGUUCAUAUAGAGGUAGUUAAAAAGAAAUUUGCACACUUAACAAAGUUGUCAUUCUCAGAUCUUUGCAAAUCCAAAGACAGCUUGGAAGUUGAUUGCCUAAUUGGAUCGGACUGGCUAUGGCAAUUCCAAUUGGGGGAAACGAUACGAGGGGGGCUAGACGAACGUGUGGCGGUCAAGACCAGCUUGGGCUGGGUUUUAUCAGGACCGGUUAAAGGUGAGCAACUUGAUUCUAUUGACUGUAAUGUGAAUUUUUGUAUUGAUUCUAUACCUCCUUUAGUUGCAGGUGAAAAACAUGAUUUAGAUAAUCAGAUACAAAGGCUUUGGGACCUUGAUAGCAUUGGAAUUCGAGAAAAAGAUAAGGUGCAUGAAAAUGUACUUGAUGAUAUUGCGUUUGUGGGUAACAGAUAUUCUGUUGGGCUUCCCUGGAAAUCUGGACACAAGCCCCUAGCUUCAAAUUAUAAUGUUAGCUUGCAUCGUUUGAAGGGUCUUGUCAGGAAACUAGAGCAGAACCCAAAAAUUUAUGAACAGUAUAAUGACAUUAUUUCCCAGCAGGCUGCAGAGGGAGUAAUAGCGAAGGUCACAGAUCUUGAACCUGUAGCUCUUGUUGGGGAUAUUGAAAAGGCCUUUUUAAAAAUCGAAAUACAUCCCAAGGACAGAGACCCUUCAAGAUUUUUGUGGCUAAGUGAUAUACAUGCCAAGAACCCUGGAGUAGUAAUCUACCGGUUCAACAGAGUGGUAUUUGGGUGUAACUCAUCCCCUUUUCUCCUAAACUGUGUUUUGAGACACCACAUUAUGAAAUAUGAAAAUGAGGAUCCUGAAUUUGUGGAAAAGAUGAUAGGAGGGUUCUUUGUUGACGAUCUAGUGGUAGGUUGUGAAGACACACAGGAAGCUUUAACCCUAUAUAAGAAGGCUAAAAGUAGGAUGAGCGAUGGAGGAUUUCAUUUGCGGAAAUGGAAAACUAAUGACAAAGAGUUAGCAGGGGAGAUAGCAAAGAAGGAAAUAAAUGGAGUGAAAGAGGACAAAGCCUCUAAACAUGAAGACACAUCGUUUGCUAAGGAGACUCUAGGCAUGCCAGACAGUAUGGGGCAGAAGACUAAGGUUUUGGGUGUAACGUGGGACAACACAAGAGAUACCUGGGAGUUUAAUCUGGGGAACAGAGGCGAGGUAAUAGGUGAAACAGCCCAACCCACUAAAAGAGGUAUCUUAAGCGCCUUAGCUUCUAUAUUUGACCCCCAUGGGCUUGUUAGCCCUAUAGCAGUAUCAGCAAAAAUCUUGUUUCAGGAGUUGUACUUAGGAAAAAUCAGCUGGGACGAUCCACUUCGUAAGGAUAAGCUUGAAAGAUGGGAAGAAUGGGUCAAGGAUUUAAAACAGACGGGUACAAUUUGCCUUCCUAGGUGUGUUGUUUCCAAAAACAAAGGGAAGAUAUUGAGUCGGCAGUUGCACGGAUUUGCUGAUGCCAGCAAAAAAGCAUAUUGUGGGAUGGCUUACCUUGUAGAAGAAGCCACUGAGGGGACCUUUACUAGGCUGCUGAGUGCUAAGACAAGAGUUGCCCCUUUGAAGGAAUUAACAAUACCCCGGCUAGAACUAAUGUCUGCAAGGAUACUAGCUACACUGAUGAACACCAUUAUUCAAGCCUUCGGUCCACAGUUUAAGUUUGAUUGCAUUAAGUAUUGGCUGGACAGUAAAACCGCUCUCUAUUGGAUCAAUAACAAUGGAGAAUGGAAGCAAUUUGUCCAGCAUCGUGUCAAUGAAAUUUUGCGCUCAACCACCAAGGAAGACUGGGGACAUGUAUCAGGUAUCGACAACCCAGCAGAUCUAGAUUCUAGGGGGUUCACAGCAAGCCACUUGAAGGAGAGCACAUUAUGGUGGCAAGGACCUCAUUGGUUAAAGGAAGGACAAAACAGCUGGCCUAAUGUGUUCACUUUAGAAGACUCGCCUGAUGUGAAGGAAGAAAGAAAGAAGAACGCAAAGGUGCUAAUGCUCACAGAUAUGAGGCAAGGAGUGAGUGAGGUUGUUAAGGUAGACAGGCAUAGAAGUCUAGGCAGCAGAAAGUUUGUUGAAGAAGCUGACACAAGAUCAUAUGUUCCAGGAGUUCACACAAAAUCGUAG